CUACAAAGAUUUUUUUAGUAUCUGCUUACCUAUAACAUCGUACGUACGUAUCUUUAUAUAUGUAUAUUGGGGUAUCUGCAAUAAGAUUCACGCAGGCGCACAUCAGUUUAAACCUUUAUCAGCUGAUUGGUCUCCGCCCUCUGAUUUUAGAAAUCUUUGCGUUUCAUAGUCAAGGUUGUGAUUUUAUAUUUGAUGUAAUAAACAAUUUUUAUAAUUAGGUAUCAACAUAUAUACGUAUCUUGUGCAAUUGUCUUUUCAAAAAUGAAAGCAGCGGCGAUGUCGGUUUGGGUUUUCAUAAAUCUGCUUUGCUUUGGUAUGUGUGGCUACUUAUAUCUCAUCUGGUCACAAUAUUGGAUGUAUAUAGAGAAACAAAGAUUAUUUAACAAGACACCAGGGACUCCGCAGAAAACCACCUUGAAUUAUCAGGACACGUAUUUGGAAAAUUAUAAUUUGAAGAUAGUGUCUAAUUACACAACAUUACAAAUUGAUCCAGUCCGAAAAAAUCGGAGGUCGGCUGUUGGCGCUGCUUGGAGCAGUAAUCAAGAGUCCAGCAAGCCUUCUGGGUCUUUAGUCCGUCCAUCUACUAAUAUAGUCAGGAAAAGCCAAGGUAGACCUCGAUUUCCAAAUAUACACAAACCAAUAUUGGAGUUCGACAGUGAUAAAUACGUUUGUGAUGACUAUACAACACCAAACUGUGAAUCGCAGACGAUUGAGUUUAAAGAGUUACUGUUAAAAGAAUUUCACAGGGUGUUAAUGAGUGAUAGUAAAGUAUUUAAGUCUGGCUUAGACUCUCAGAAUCCUUAUAAUGUGAAGUACGUGGGUGGUCAGCGACGCGAGAGAUCCAGGCAGGAAGUGUUAUGUGCUCUCAAAGCUGUGCAAGUGCGAACGGUGACUGCCAAAGAUGAACCUUUCGCUCGUCUCGGGUUUCAUAUACCUCGGGAUCCUUUACAGCAAAAUCGGACUUUUAAUACUUGCGCCGUAGUAACCAGUGCUGGAGCGUUGUUGGGAUCACGAUUAGGAGAAUUUAUCGAUUCGCAUGACAUGGUGUUGAGAUUUAAUAAUGCACCUACAAUAAAUUUUACGGACGAUGUUGGUGCCAAGACCACCUUCAGGAUACUUAAUUCACAGGUAGUCACUAAGCCAGAAUUCAUGUUUUUAGAGGAUCCACUAUAUAAAGAUGUUUCUAUUAUAAUAUGGGAUCCUGCAAAUUAUUCAUCAACGUUAGAAGAAUGGUACAAUCAUCCAGACUUCCCAUUGUUUCCAGUGUAUAAACGAUUACUUGAGCGACGGCCUGAUGCAGAUGUUCAUUUACUCAGACCGGAAGUAUUGUGGGACCUCUGGGCGGUACUACAAGAUUCUUCGCAAUAUCGCUUAAGGAGGAAUCCUCCGUCAUCAGGAUUUAUAGGGGUGUGGUUCGCCUUGCACCGGUGUGCACGUGUGCGCGUGUUCGAGUACGUACCUUCGGUGCGCGCCACUCGCCGCUGCCACUACCACGUGGCCCGCGACGACACCGCCUGCACGUUGGGAGCCUGGCAUCCCUUAGCGCAGGAGAAAGCUCUCGCUGAACGCAUGCGUAGCAAUUCCGAUUUGGACGUCUUUCAAAGAGGCUUUAUUGAUAUAACUGGCUUAAAUAAUAUUAGUUGUUAAUUAAAUAUAAAGAAAUUUAUGCUCACAAGUGUCGAUUGCUGCCAUAGUAGUGAACAUGGUAGGGGGCGAGCCUCGUAAUUAAAAUAUGCAAUUUUUUACGCUUCAUAUUUGAUUGUAUAAUAAGUAUAAUAGUAAAUACUCAAUUAGGAUUUAAUUUUUUUAAUGUACAUAAUUGAAUUUUUUAGAUCAUACACCUUUAGGUGGAAAGUGUCAAGUGUUAUAUAAUACAAAAAACGUAUUAUAUAAUAGUCAGCUAAAGGGCAGUAAAUGUAUAUUUAUAUAAACAGAUAUUACAAGAUUAAAACAAUUUUAUAACCAUCAAAAAUUAAAUUAUUUUUAAAAAGAUUUUGCAAAAAGACAUUCUAUCUAAAUGUUUAUGAUCUACUAGAAAUAAAGUCAUGUUAAUUUUCGUAGUCAUAGAAUCAGAUGCAAUAACUGUAACUUAUUACUUUAUAAACUACAAAAAGCAUGUCUUCCUAAUAAAAUAUUAAGGUGCCUAAAUAUGCUAUACAAAUGUAAUAAUUAGAACAGAAUCAGUACGAUUUGUUAAAUAUAAUGAAUGAUUAAUUGUACAAUAGUUUGUUUAUUGGUCACCCACCACACCUUGCUUGUUUGGUGAUACAUAAAGCGGCAUCGACUUUA